AAAUUGUUUUUUCAAAAUUUUACGUUUAAUUCUUGCCCUGCUUUAUAGGGAGGCAAUUUCAAAAUGUCUUCGGUGCUGCAUCUACUGGGUUUCUUGUGGCUUCCUUUGCUGGUUUAUAGUGUAUCCAAUGAUAUGGGAGGAUUGCAGAAAUGUACAGAACUUCUAAAUACACAUAAGUUGGUCUACUGUUGUGGCAAAUCCUUUCUGGAUAAGUUCCCCUUUGUUGGCAGCAAUUGCACACCGUUUUGGGAUGACUAUGGUCCUUGCCGCUAUGAAUGUCUGUAUAGGCACUGGGACCUCCUUGAUCAGGAUAACAAGAUCAAAAAACCGGAGCUCUACCUGAUGAUCACCAGCCUCUACAGCCCCUUGAAUGGUUAUGAUAAAUACGGGGCCGCUUUUAAGGCAGCUCACGAGACUUGCGAAGCUCUGGGCUCCAGACACGCCGACUUUCUGCUGCUCUACUCCAACCAGGUGGCGGAUAAGAUGGGCAUGGCUUCCUCAACCUGUCUGCCAUAUGCCAUGCUUCAUGCACAGUGUACCAUGGUAUACCUAACCGCCAACUGUCCCCGUGAGAACUGGAUAGAUGAUCCGAAGUGCAAUAGUCUGCAAAAAUUGCUGUCAAGUUGCACAAAGAAAUUGGACGAAAAGACGAAUGCACUUAAGGGAAAGGAUGAGGAACUAACGGACAACGGGUGUGGGCAUAUAGAUUCAGAAGGAUCCAAUCUGCUCAUGGCCUGUUUUCUCACACUGAUGAUCGCCAAGUUCAUAUCGGAUCAUUAAUUAGGGAUUACCUAGAUUUGUUUGUCUGGUUAAAAUGAUUGCAUUUAAGCCGAUAAGCUUGUCUAAUUGCAAUUGUCUGGCUUAUGCCGAGCCCCCAAUCGGAAUUUUGUUUGGACUUUGACCCGCUAUGAGUCCAUCCCGAUGACUGCACAUUUUCGCUCACGAGACCGUCGUUUAAAAUGUGUUUUUGCUGUGCUCGAUUAAUUAGUGGAUCGUCACGGAACUGGAGUUAUAAAGUAAGCCGACGGUGCCAGACGAAGCUCAGACUGACUAAAAAAAUGGCCCGGCAUAUAGCCCUGCUGAUCUGCUCAUUGCUAGCGAUGGCUGGCUGUGAUCCAAUCGAUGUGGACUGUACUCGCAGACAGGAUUUCAAUAUUGUCAAGGACUGCUGUGUCUAUCCCACAUUUAGGUUUGACCAGUUCAAAAGCCAGUGUGGUAAAUAUAUGCCAGUUGGUGCUCCCAGAAUUUCACCCUGCCUCUAUGAAUGCAUUUUCAAUAAGACCAACACAGUUGUGGACGGAGCUAUUCAUCCUGACAAUGCCCGACUCAUGCUGGAGAAGCUUUUCGGUAAUCAGGACUUUGAAGAAGCCUAUUUCAAUGGUUUAAUGGGCUGUUCGGAUUCUGUGCAAGAGAUGAUUAGCAACAGGAGGUCACGGCCCCAAAGAAAAACAGAACAAUGCUCUCCAUUCUCACUUUUCUAUGGAAUUUGUGCCCAGAGAUAUGUCUUCAACCAUUGUCCAUCAUCCAGCUGGUCCGGCACUGAAUCUUGCGAAAUGGCCCGAUUGCAGAACAUGAACUGUUCGAAACCAUCACGUGGUUCUAGUCAUCGCCUUUAAAGGCAUAUAAUAAAAUAAUAUAUGAACAUUGU